AUGAGGCGGGAGCUCCUUCGCUACCUAUUUCCCAGCGCCCUCCGCACCCGGUACCAGGAGCGCGUGCUGCUCUUCCACCUCGACACACUCCCGAAAUUCAAGCACCGCGCCCAGUCGCGCAUUCACAACUUCCUCCUCUCGAGGUAUCGCCGCCGGCUCGACGGGAAGCCCGGCGUGCUCGACCUUGUCCGCCGCCAAGGGGCUCGGUUCGCCUUUGCCCCGCGACGUGCGGCCAAGCCUCGCGGGGUCGGGCAUAUAGGUCAAGACAAGAUGCUGCCGGCAUCUUCGUCGGCAGGGGCCUCGGCCGUGAGCGAGAUUCGGGAGUCAUAUGCGCAGACGCGAACGGCGGCCUUUGAUCCGUUUGAGCACGAGCGCCAAUCCAUACCCGGCGCAUUCCCGGAUGCUCGGGUAACUGUUCAGGGAACCGACCAAAUGAUACUCUUCCCCACGUACGCCAAACGCCAUGUAAAGACCGACUUGCACAGUCCCCGCCACCGGUUACUGAUGGGGCGCCGGGGGAUGAGGGAUGACGACUACUGGGAUACGGGCUGGGAGCGCGAAUGGGACAAGGACGCCAUUGUCGAUGUUGACGUGCGAGGAUGGCUAUACUCGCCCCACAAAGGCCCGUUAACGAGAAAGAACCGAAUCAUGCUCGGCCUGGCGCGGCAACUUAGCGGCAUCCCGAGGAUAGAUGCUCAGCAAGGGGGCGGGGCAGCAGGGGAUGAUUCGGGAGCUCUUGCAUCGCAUGAGGACCUGAGGGUGCAAGAGAAAAUUGCUCUCGAGGCGGCCAAAAUCGAGCAGAGGGGACAAGAGGAGGGCAAGGCGGCAUCCCAAGGGCAGUACACUGAGGACCCCGAUAAGCCGUACCGGCCAGGCCCGAACAGCCUUGGUGGCAACUCUCGGAGCACGACCCCGGUCGGGCUCGCCCCUCCUCAGCGACCAGCGACAGCCUCGUCGGCGGGCAUGGACUUGACGGAGGCUGAGCUGGCCACCGCUAACAUAAACCUUGCCGCGCGUAUCGCGCCGUUCCUCACAGUGCCGUUUACGCAGAUUCCCAUUACGAUAUUCUUUUACAACGAGUCGUGCUCGCAGUCCCGGACGGUCAUGACCAAUGCGUCGGGCCAGUUCAACAUCAGAGCGGCGCUUCCCUUUGUGCCGACACACGUCAGGGUGCUGGCAAACGAGAGGCUGUCGACAAUACAGGAAGUCCAAGUCACCGAGUCUGCUGGUGUGAGCGUCAUUAGCGACAUUGAUGACACGAUCAAGCGGUCCAACAUCUCGGCGGGUGCGCGCGAGAUCUUCCGGAAUACUUUUAUUCGGGAUCUACCGGGGCUCACGGUUGAUGGGGUCAGGGAAUGGUACAACAAGAUGCAUGCGAUGGGGGUGGGCAUACACUACUGCUCCAACAGCCCUUGGCAGCUAUUCCCUGUGCUGGCCACCUUUUUCAAGAUAUCCGGCCUGCCUCCCGGCUCCAUGCACCUCAAGGCGUACAACGGCAUGCUGCAGGGUAUCUUUGAGCCCGUGGCGGAACGUAAGAAGCCAACGCUGGAGAGGAUUCUCGCCGACUUCCCAGAACGCAAGUUCAUCCUCGUCGGUGAUAGCGGAGAGGCCGAUCUUGAGGUGUAUACGGAGCUUGCAGUGGCGCACCCAGGACGCGUGCUGGCCAUCUUUAUUCGGGAUGUGACAACUCCGGAUCAUCCCGACUUUUUCGACUCCUCGAUUGCAGCGGGCAUUCUCCGAGCGGAGAAGGACAAACUGAAAGCGAAGCCGGGCCCCUCCCCUCGCCCGGCGAAACCGGCUGCGCUAAGGAGCGGCUCUUCGGAAAGCAGAGCUUCCACCCUACAGGAAGACUCUUCACAAACGUCCAAGAGGAGCUCACCAGCGCCGCCGCCGCCUCCGCCACGGUCUCGAAAGCCCGUCGGCGCCCCCUCUGACGGCAACCCCCGUCACCCCUUUCUCAGUCGCAAUAUUCGAACAACUCUACGCCUGGGCCAGGGAAUAGACAGUAUCCGGGAGACACGCAAAGAGCGACUAAUGGCUCUGACGGGUCCGCAGCGCGACAAACGCCUCCUCCCGCCGCCGAGGCGCACUGGCACUGGUUCGAGUGUCCAGAGCAUUAGAGCGGGUCCUGAUUACAUUACCCCUCGCGACAACAGAACGCCUCCGGCGUCGACUCCCCGGAUGUCGGGGACGCCGCCCAACGGGCCGGCUGCAACGGCCUCGGAAUGGAACAGCCAGGGGCAGCAGCAGGGCAACGCGACGGUGAACAAGAAGCUGGAGCUGUGGCGGCGGCGACUAGCGAGGGCUCAGGAGAUUUUGGACGACCAAGGCGUCCAGCUUUACACGUGGAAACGAGGUUACGAUGUGAUGGAUGAGGCAACAGGAAUCAUUCGAAGAGCGCUGGAGGAAGGCAGGUCAAAGCCUCGCAGCCGCUAA